ACAGACUAAGGAACAGAACUGAUACUUGGAUAGAAGAGCAGAAUUUCAGGGUCAUUUUUACUGCCAUGGACCUUAAGCCAAUGCCUACUUCUCUGAUCACAAAUUGUGGAGCAGAACAUCUGGCGUAUUUAACCUUUCCUUCAAUGGAUAAAUUCCAAAAAGCCUAUUCCGGAAUUUGACCUCUGAAUUGCUUCAAGAUGGGAAGUAAGAAAGAUGAUGGGCUCUUGAACAGGAUCUCAUGUUCAGGACCGGCAUCCCUUGGAAGCAGCCAUGUUACCGGUUCUCAUGGUUUACCACUCAGAGAACCAUUUGGCAUCCCUCUUCCUUUUGGACAAACGUACUGGGACCAUCAACCUUACAAUGCGUAUUCAGGAAGAUUCUCUUAUUUACCCUUUUCUGGGUAUGUGGGAGUUUAUGACUACUCGUUUGAGCCUGCUUUCAUUCGGAAAAGGAAUGAGAGGGAAAGGCAGAGGGUUCGUUGUGUAAAUGAAGGCUAUGCACGCCUCAGAGACCAUCUUCCCAAAGAGCUUGCUGAGAAGCGUCUCAGCAAAGUGGAGACUUUGAGAGCUGCCAUCACUUACAUCAAACACCUUCAGAAUUUGCUGGAAUAUCAUCCUCUAGGAACAAAUAAUAAGGUAGCCAUUCCAGCUACAGAUGCACCAGGAGUUUCUGGUCCUGGUUUAAGAAGAGAAUGCAACAGUGAUGGAGAAUCUAAAACUUCAUUAGCUUCAUCUCCUUACAGUGAAUUUGAGGAAGUUUGUAGUUAGGAAAACAGUCUAUAGAAAGAAAUGACCUCAAGACCAUCAAUCUCUUUCAAAAAAUAAAAAAAGCCAAAGAAUUUUCAAUUUGUGGUGGAUCACCUAGAGGACAAAAAUUCAAAGGGUGGAAAAAGAUAUUGAGAAGACUGUUUCCAGUAUAAUUCAUUCUUGGCAAUCUUCAGGUGUUUAUGUAAGAAAAAUAUAACAUUGUUCCUAAUAUUUCCUUAUUUAUAUUAUUGAAUAUUUUAUGACUGAACUAUCUUUUCUAAAAUUGGAAACAUUAUUGAUUUGUGAUCUUUGUUUUGUUUUGGUUUAGUUAAAGACAACAAUAAAGCCAGAUGUGUUUUUCCACCUCUCUUGUAAUAACACUCUGCUUAUUAAGACACUCUGCUCAGGUUUAGUGGACACUGGACAAUAAUGCUGUAAUUAUGAAUAAUAAUUAGCAGAGGAUUAUCUCUAAAUAAAGUGAAUUAUAUUUACACCCCAGGGAAAGUUUUGAAACAGGAUUAAGUCACCAUUAUCUUGACUUUAAUGGGGUUUAAACUAAAUUGUGCUGAAAUCGUUUAACUGCUUACAAUGGGAUUACUGUCUUCAUAUUUUAAGGUUUGCAUUUAGGAUGUGCUAGGAUUAAAAAUGUGAACAGAACUUUUUUUUUGUCAAUAUGUGAUUUUAAUGUGUCAGAUAAAGAUUAAAAUUAAUAAAAUGUGUUUAGCUGUAAUUUUACUUUAGAUAGUUCUAAUAUAAGAAUGAAAUACAUUUUUUCUUGCGUAUUAAUAACCAACUUAUAUGUGCAUAUAAACUCAAUUACUAUGCAUUUGGGUGAUGACCUGUAUAUAUGUAGGUUUCAUGUGUAUACAUACUAAUGUGUCAAAAUGGAAGGAACAAAAUGAAUACAGGCACAUAAUAAUGGAUAAUCUUCAAAAUGCCAAAAUGAUGAAAAAUAUGGAUAAAAAAAGCUACUGAUACAUGGUUUCAGUGUGAUGAGGAAGGGAAUGAAAUCUAAAAACCAAGAUUUGGAUGGUAAUGUUUACACUUA